UGAUCCUGGACCAUGCCUUUUGUUGACAUCAUGGCGGAAAAGUUAACAGGUGUUUGCCUUGCCAUCACAUAGCAGCUGUUUACACCAGUUUGAACCAACUGCAUAGAUCUAUCCUGAUGAGUGAUGGAGGUCAUAGACAUAGAGCAUCAUGCUGAGCAUUGUCCAUUGAAUAGAUGCUCAGAUAGAUGCACGUCAUCAAGAUUCACAAUGGGUCAAGUCCGCACGAACAAUUUAGAGUUAAACCAGUGACCUUGUUGGGAGAACCAGAGCUCAGCAACGCUUACCAUAUUCAAUAUACGAAUUCCCUGACUCCUCUGUCGUCGGGGUUGGAUAAACGGGAACAUUCACUCGUAUCAAGCAGCUUGUCACCGGUGGGGACGCCUGUCAAACAAUGGAAGAAGCAUAAUCACGAACUUGUUGUCUCACAUGAAGGAAAGUCUAUAUCUGAGAGUUCACCAGUGUGUGUUUGUCACACUCAAAUGAAUGCAGCCCCGAUACACGUGCGUCAUACGCUGGAGACAUUUGGAGUUAAUAAGACUCAUAAUAUUGAAUUGGGAGCUUACUCUGAGAGUAGCCACUUCCUGGAUUUAAAUCACUCCAUAACAGUACAGAGAAAUGGCACAGAAGUCAUUGAUCGACUGUCAUCGGGUUGCUUUACUCGGUCGCAUGAUAAUCAUUGUUUGACCUGUGAUAAUGAUAUAGAAACUCAUCAGUUAAGUGGAAGAACUGUCACUGUGCCUUAUCAAGUGACUGCCACUAAACAUGUACCGAGUAAUGAGAUGAGUCGGCAUUGUUCCUCGUUUGAGCAUCACGAGCCCGAACUGGUGCGGAGAAGUGCAUAUUCUGAGGCAAGCACGCCGCCAUUGGAGCAACGAGAUGGCGAGGGCAAUCUUGCUAAUGACUUUCAAUGUACGCAGAAGAGCAACUAUCAUCUGUCGUUGGGCCACGACGUCAGUCAGGGGGUGGAAGCCGCAAGUCCAAGAACGCACGCGCCGGUGAUUAAGUGCGGAAGCGAACCAUCAUCAUCAGCGGCAGACAUCGUCGAGAGAGUGCCGACUAUUGACGUACUGCAAAGUUUGGAGCUAUUGCAACCAGUUGCAUGUAAAAUUCCUAACCACCGCAAAGACGCAGCCCGUAUUACUUCUACGUGGCAGCCAGGUGAUGCUAGCAGGUUGCCAUCUUCUAAUUCGAAUACAUGUGAGAUCAUCGUAAAACAGCCGAACGAAGAGCUACCAAAUGGCCUGGCACCCGUACCGUGGGAAGGUUCGGCGGCACGUGAAUCUAGAAGUACCUGCGAAUCUGUUAUCGUCUCGUACCAGAGGCAGUUGGAAGUUGUUCAGUGCUCGCCGAGUUGGAACAGCAAGGCAAAUUCAUCUGUGGAUGACGUUUCUCUCGAUGAACAUCGUAGAAAUGCCAGCUCUGAACCGCAUGUUGCCCGCCAAGAAGUCUCGUCCUUGCUACUUUGUGAUAGUGAGCGGAUAGAUGACGAUACGUCUCAAUCAUCGCCGACCGACGACGAUUCACGACCGAGCUCGUCGGAAGCGACGCAGGGUAACCGCGUCGACGCCGUCGCUUGCAAGAUGGCCGCCGCUCUCUGCACCGCGUCCGAGCGAUCCGAUGCGUACAGUACAAAUCCGACAAAGAAGAAGAAGCAGCGUGACGACUCUGCGCGCAACCGCCGCGCUGCCGAUUCGGCGGCCAGCCCACUUCGCGUGCAGAUGAAGCGACUGCGCAACGAGACGAAGGUCGGCGGCAAGGUUGCGAACGCGUACCCGCUCGACCUCGCCCCGCAGCCGGCCGACGACAGCGACAUCGGUGAGGCGGGCGUCUCCGACGACGAGUCACUCAGCGAGGUCGACUCGAGAAGCGAGAGCAUGUUGUCGUGCGGCGGCGCGUCGUCGGCGGCGACGAGUCGCGACGAGUUUGACACGGCGUACGACAACGAAGAGGGCGCCAACGAUGCGCUGAGCAGCCUCGAAGAUGACAGUCAGGCAGAGGUUGACUUGAUGUCGGUUGCGAGUGAGCUGAGUGACACGUGUCCGUCGCCGUACACUGACCAGGCCAGCGAAGGUCUUAGCCAACUGUCGAUGUAUGAGGUCUCUGAUGGAUGCGCGGAAGGCAGUGGAAGCUCACCAUCUUCUGCUGAAAUGCUGUCGCCAUUCAUCCCUAGUCUGUUUCCCGAAGUGCCACCCGUAAUCAACUUCUGCGCGUCGGACCAGAAAAUAAAACCAUUGCCAUUGCCACUAAGGAAGCUGCUGAAGUGGAGACUCAGUACAAUCACUCCCCUCAUUGUAAAGGGCCUUAUUGCUCGUAGUGGCUUUCGUGUGUCUAGGAAAGAACAUGACUGGCUUGGUUACUGGGGCAAACACAUGAAAAGUGGAGGAUUCGGUGUAAUAAGGGAAUUUCAGAAGGUGAACCAUUUUCCUGGGUCUUUCCAAAUCGGCCGCAAGGACCGGCUGUGGCGCAACCUGGCUCACAUGCAGAAGCUACACGGGAAGAAGGAGUUUGGCUUUGUGCCUCAGACGUUCGUUCUGCCCCAGGAUGUGCGGCUGCUGAAACGCACCUGGCAGGAGCACUCGUGCAAGAAGUGGAUCGUGAAGCCUCCAGCAUCAGCAAGGGGUGUAGGGAUCAAAGUCAUCAGCAAAUGGAGCCAAAUACCAAAGAAGAAGGCAGUAAUUGUACAGAGAUACAUUGGCAAGCCAUACCUGAUCAAUGAGACCAAGUUUGACCUGCGAGUGUAUGUCUAUGUGACUUCAUUUGACCCUCUGCGUGUAUACAUUCAUGAGGAUGGAUUAGUCAGAUUCGCCUCGUGCAAGUACACACCAAGUGUGGACAGUAUCAAGAACAAGUUCAUCCACCUGACUAAUUACAGCAUCAACAAGAAUCAUGCUGGCUACACUUACAAUGAUGACCAUGGAGCAUGUAGUGGACAUAAAUGGAGCUUAGUGACGUUGUGGAAGUAUAUGAAAGACCAAGACAUCAACACGAACGUGAUCUGGGAGAAUAUCAAAGAAAUUGUUAUCAAGACGAUCAUAAGUUCCGAGUCAGGACUGAAUAGCCUCAUCAGGGGUAACGUCCGAUCGCGCUACUCUUGCCAUGAGCUGUUUGGUUUCGAUAUUAUCCUGGAUGAGAAGUUAAAGCCGUGGGUCAUAGAAGUCAAUAUAUCGCCCAGUCUGCACUCGAGUUCACCACUUGAUGUAAAAAUAAAAGCACCAAUGGCCUGUGAUCUCUUCCGUUUGGCGGGCUAUCGAAUUCCAGAAUCGCCGCUUGCAUUGAAUGGCGAAUAUGUAACGUCACCAACAGGUGGCCGGGUGGUGUCUGUGCAUCACACUCUGUACAACAACAACCUGUCAGCGGAUGAGAAGGCCAAGCACAUUUAUUACACGAACAAGUCGCUGGAGAAGGUAAGACAAGUGAGCAUCCUCGAUGUGCUCACGCCGGCGGACGUGCGCGCCCUGGUGGAGAUGGAGGACGAGCGUAGUCGCCGGGGUGCCUUCCACUGCCUCUACCCGACGGUGGAGACGCAUGUUUACAGCCAGUUCUUCGAGCAGCCACGAUACUUCAACCUGCUGCUCGACGGUUGGUUACGGAAGUACGAGAACAACGGCAAGGCAGGCAAGUGAGGCGGAGUAACCCUGCCGUGAUUACACGAUUCAGUGUCCCCGUUUUCGGUCUAAAACGUUGUCUCGUCACCCAUCAUGCAGCAGCGUCAACGGACGCACGUCAAGAAGACUUCAAAGAAGUCGGCCACCGGCAUCUGUUCGAAGGUUCACAGCUCGACCGGGCCGCCGGAGCCAAAGGAAGGCGCCGGGCGACCAGCCGCUGCGAGACCCGGCGAGAAACUAGGUCAUUAGUGCGGCCUGGCUCUCCUCCUUCCCGUCACCUAGUUCAGCAGCUCGACGUGACGCAACUCGUGACGUCGCGGAUUAACGAAGCGUCGAUUAUUUGAUCAGUGUUCGCUGUCGGAUGCAGUGCGGCGGAGCUAGGUGUGUGCGUGCGCACGUGCACACGCACACCUCGUCACGCUUUCUCCCUCAGGAAGGUCAAGUGUGCGGGCUUGCUGCUAUGCGAGAUGCGCACGGCUGCAUCAUGUUAGUACGAUGUGCCGUAGAAACGAUGGGGUCUGGCAAACUGGAAAAGGGAGGGUGGCGUGGGAAGGUGAUAUUUUGCUAAGGAAAAAAUGCUUCCGGGAGCAGUUGUGUUCGCAAGCAUAGUCAUUUUGCUUGAGAGGUGAAAGGUUUGGACAGGACAGUACCGCGUGGUGAGAGACUAGAUGGCAUAUUUUUAAUGUGAUAAACAAAUAUUAGGGAUUCGUUGUAUGGUUGCAAUGCAUGCUAGCAGUGGACGUGUGCACAACCCAGCUAGUGUGCGGCGUGCAUAAAGAGACGGCAGACUAUUGUUAAUGUAUUAAAGCGAUCGUUUGGUCACACUAAUGGACGUCCUUAUGGCACGUUGUCAGGUACAAGCUGAAAGCAGUUUAAUGGUGUGAUGUGAUGCUCUGUUGGUGCUUUUUUCCCAGUUAUCUGCCCUUGAACUAGUGAGCGGUCGUGAUAUAACAAACGCUAAUGAUAAUGCUUUCCUGUCACGCCUAGUGAUAAAACGUUUCCCAUUUGAGAAGGAACGAUGAUUAGGAAAAUUCACUUUAUUACCACAUCUAAAGCUUGAAAUAGUUAUCCGAGUUGUUUAAUGGAAAUUUCCCCCUUUAUGCACAAGGAGAGGUUUUGAUAAAAUGGAGAAGUAGCCCUGGCUUUUUCUGCCAGCUUCUUUUGGCCUUUUAUUGUAUAAAUCACUUUUAAAGUGGACAUACCUUGCAUCUCGACUUUACUCCUAUAUCACCAUUUAUGAAGAAACAAUGUGAUUUUAAGAAAGUAGCGUAGAAGUGUGCAAACGUAGUCGUAUAGACUAUAGUAUAUCAAAAUGCUGCCGUAGUUAUCAUCAAUAUAUGGUCGCUACUAACUCUGUGCAAUAAGGUAACAACAUAGCAAAGAUUGGCAAGGUUUAACAUCACUGAUCUCAAAAUAGUCUAUUUUGAGGUCAGUGGUUAACAUUCUAUGGCUGGUAGUGCCCUCUCUGGGGAGUUCUAGGUACGAAUGAUCUGCUAACGAAUGGUGGGCACGUAUGCAGCAGGCUGUUAUGAAAUCGACCUUUUGCCUCGUGCUACUAUCGUCAUCCAAGAUGUUAACCAGAAGAAAAGCUAAUUAUUCUGUUUUUUGGUUAUUUUAAUUCCUACCGAGGAAAUAUUUCUCAAUAUCGUUUAUCAAUCAUUACGUAUGCUUAAUCAAAUUAAGCAUUCAGUGCGUGUGCAAGUUCUAGCUCAUGUAUUAAAUACGAGGUGGAUAUACUCCUACUAUGGUGCAUCUCCACUGAAAGUUGGCCGCCUUGUUUUGAACGUGUCAUGAAGUAAUUUCGCGGGAUGCUAUUGAUAUUGAUGUAUCAAUUUGUCUGUAUUUGCUCAAUAUGAUAAGCAGUUGUUGCCGUAUUGCAUAGUGACUGUACAUGUCUACAGUAAAGGGGGUUGGUGUACGCAUAAAAGCAUGCGAUGGACACCCUCCACGAUUAUGGCUUCCACUUACGCUCAUAGGGUCUAUGUCCCCCUAGUUUCAAGAAACGGUAUUACUAGGGUUAGAAUAUCUAUGUAUAUUGA